AUCUCACGUCAUCUUGUUCGCUUGCUCCAACUCUAUUAUCUGUUGAUCGUUACGAACCGUAAUACCAAACACACGAGUGUUUGUUCCAGUACACACCAGCAUACUCACUAGGCAGAAUUCUUGUGCUGCAUUAUCCUUUUUGGCGCAUAUGUCCGCUGCCCCGGUAUUGUCCAGCAGCUAGCAUCCAUUUCGGGAGUCGAGGACCUUCCCUCCUUACCUUGCCGGAUCUCUUCGAUACCUGAAUCAUGAUGGAGGUGUUCCAAUUAACCGGCAAGAAUGUCGUCGUCACGGGAGCCGCAGGGAGCAUCGGUACCCAAAUAGCAAUUCUGUUCGCUAAAGCCGGAGCCAAUCUCCUCCUCUCUGAUGUAUCAACCGAGGCCCUCGAAAGACUUCGUCAAAAUGUGGAACUGCAUGGACCACAUUCUGGACGAAUUGAGUGCAAAGUGUGUGACGUGUCCAGCGAAGAAGAUGUUGAGGCGUUGAUACAACACCUGGAUCGGUACGGAGGGGUUGACGUGAUGCUAAACAAUGCUGGGGUCUUCCCUCACGAAGACGGCGAUGCCGUGGAGGUUACGCGGAAGGCAUGGGACCUCACCUAUCAAGUCAAUGUAAAGGGCACUUGGCAUGGGUGUAAGCAUGCGGUGCUAAGUAUGCGGAAGCAUGGAAAAACAAGGGGAAGUGUGAUCAACACAUCAUCGAUAGUCGGGCUCAUUGGUUCUGCAACAGCACAGCUAGCAUACACGGCGACCAAGGGAGCUAUCAUUGCCAUGACGCGGGAGCUCGCCAUUGUUCAUGCACGCGAAGGGUUCAGGUUUAAUGCGUUGUGUCCCGGUCCGCUGAAUACCCCUCUGAUGCAAGACUACUUGGGCACCAACGUCGAGAGGAGAGCACGAAGAGAAAUCCACUUGCCUCAAGGUAGAUUUGGUGAGCCCAUUGAGCAAGCGACCGCCGCCUUAUUUCUGGCCAGCGAUGCUAGUUCAUUGGUCAACGCUCAAGAGCUUGUUGUAGACGGCGGUCUAACUAAGGCAUACGUAACUCCUGAGGGUCCGGCGCACCAAGGGAUCCAGAAUUUCUCGGUCAAACAGAAAUUGUAGUCCACCGACAAGAAGUCUAUCCCGUUGAUGAGGGUAGCAAUGUAGACAAUAAUAUGAGAUGG